AUGCCCCCCCUUACCAACGCAAUCCAAGUCCUCCCACCCGAGGGCAACGAGGAAGAAGUCGAAGACAUCUUUGCCAGCGCCCCCGGCCUGAUCUUCCCGGACGACACGCGCAACUCGCACGGGGACGCCGGCGCCACGAUCGUGUACAAGAGUGCUCGGUUCGGCGAGGUUGAGUUGAAGACUGCCGAUCCUGUGGGCGAGGGCGAGAGGCUGCUUUUUGGGCAUUAUUUGUGGAAUGCGGGGAUUAAGUUGGCGGGGUUGGUUGGGGAGGAGGGGGAUCAUGGAGGUGAGGAAGGAUUGAAAUGGAGGGUCGAAGGGGAGGAUGUGUUAGAAUUGGGCUCAGGUGUCGGACUCGUAGGGAUUGUGGCGACGUUGGCCGGAGCAAAAAGGGUCGUACUGUCAGACUACCCAGCCCCAGCAGGCCUCGAUAACCUCCGCCAAAACGCCGCUCGAGCCAUCCCUGCUCAUCUGACCGGCGCAUAUCGAAUCCAAGGCCAUCAAUGGGGCGAACUAACCUCCACCUUCGCCCAGGACAAUCAGCACGCCUUCACCCGCAUCCUGGCAGCAGACUGCCUCUGGAUGUCGCACCAGCACCUCAACCUCGUGCACUCCAUCCUACACUUUAUGACUCUCGAUCCCGCCGGUCGAGCUCUGGUCGUGGCCGGCUUUCACACCGGGCGGGAGACAUUGGCUGCAUUCUUCGACAUUUGCGCUGAGCAGGGGCUGAGUAUGGAGGAGAUUUACGAGGAAGAUGUCCAUGGGGUGAAGAAGGAGUGGGUGAGGGAACGGACGGAUGGAGCAACGGAGAAUGUGACGGAGAGGAAGCAGUGGCUCGUCAUUGCCAGGUUGAAGAGAGCUUGA